AUGGACGGUGAUCCAAGGGUCGAGCCGCAGCUCGACUCCUUUAGCUUGACGUUUCCGCUGCCGUAUCGCGUCGGCUUCAUCGUGACACUCGCCGUCUGGGGCUGGGGCCUCAACCUCCAUGGUCUGCAGCUGUCGCGCAUCGAUGUCCCCUCGCUGAUCCGCUACCCCGGACGCACCUCGCCGGCCGCCAUCUCGCACCACCUCUCGACGUACCGGUUCGCGACGGUGCUCUCGACGCUGCUCGGCGCCUCCAUCGUCGUCUUCUGGCUGCUCACGUGGCGCGUGCCGCAGCGCGUCGUCGACUACGACUGGCUCCCCAUGACCUACCUCGUCGCGCUGGUCGCGCUGUUUGUCGUGCCGCUCCGGAACCUGCCGGGCCACGGCCGGCGGCGGUUCCUCGCCGUGCUGCGCCGCGUCAGCCUCGGCGGCAUCGCCGAGGCCAAGGACGGCAAGUUUGCCGACAUCCUGCUGGCCGACGUCCUGACCUCGUACGCCAAGGUGUGCGGCGACGUCUUCGUCACCGUGUGCAUGUUCUUCGCGCCGGGCGGCUCGUCCACCGACCGCCCCAACCGAAACUGCGGCGGCGUCGUCGUCGUGCCGCUGCUCAUGGCCGUGCCGAGCAUGAUUCGCCUGCGGCAGUGCGUCACCGAGUACAUGCGCGUGCGCAACGCGUCGUACCACGAGUCGGCCGCCGGCUGGGGCGGCCAGCAUCUGGCCAACGCGCUCAAGUACUCCACCGCCUUCCCCGUGCUCAUCACGAGCUCGAUGCAGCGCAGCGCCGAGGCGUCGGGCACGCCCACACCCGGCCUGUACCGAGCGUGGGUGCUGGCCGUGACCAUCAACUCGCUCUACUCAUUUUACUGGGACGUCACAAAGGAUUGGGAUCUGACGCUGUUUGAGCCCGCAAAGCGCCACGAGGCGCUACGACGGGCGCCCGCGCCAUCGGCGGCCGUGCCCUGGGGCCUGCGCGAGAGGCUCGUAUUCCGUCUGCCCAACUUAUACUACGCCGUCAUUGUGCUCGACCUGCUGCUCCGGUUCACGUGGUCCCUGAAGCUGAGCCCGCAUCUGGACCGUCUCAGCAGCUGGGAGAGCGGCAUCUUUGUCAUUGAGUUCCUCGAGGUCUUUCGCCGUUGGGUCUGGAUCUUCUUCCGCACCGAGACGGAGUGGAUUCGCACCACGAGCUCGCCCGUCGUCGGCCUGGAUGAUGUGCUGCUAGGCGACUAUCGAGAGCCUGGAGACGACGACGACGACGACGAUGAUGAAGACUUUUGA